AUGGCCUGCUGCGCAUCAGAGCAAGUACUGGAUAGCGCAGACGGCCACGAAUCUUGGGAGAGAGACGAUCUGGUUUUACAGAGUUCCAGCCAGGGGAAUUCAGCCCACUGCCGUCCCAUGGCGUGCUGCGCAUCAGAGCAGGUCCUGGCAAGCGCAGACAGUCCCGAUUCUUGGGACAGAGAUGACCUGAAGGAGAUGAUCCGACAGAAUCACGAAAUCCUCAUGCGCGAGCUGUACAAGCAGCAGGAAGCUUUGUACAAGCUUCAUUGCUGGAGCCAGGACGGCUUUCUGAGG